CCCCCAAUCCCUCUUUACUUUGCUUCCUUCGCUGGCGGACGGAGCUCAAGUCGUUCUUUAGCUUUUUCAAUUCAACUUGGGAAAUCCUCGUACCUGACAACCCAUUGUCUAAUUUCAUUCAAAUUUGGUGGAAAAAUAAUUAUUAGAAGUUGCACCUGUCGAGUCUGCUUCAAAAUACAGAGGUCCGGAGAAAGGAUACUUUGAGAGGGUCGUUUAAACGAGAUUGGAGAUGCUCCUGUCUUUGCUGCUGUGUGCCAUCUGUCCGCUCGUCCUACCGUCCUCCUCUACCCCCAGCCAAGCCUCAGAUGACUCCAGACUCCUACAGGUGACCAUCCCUACGACCCCUCCCUUAUCUGCCGUCUUGGGGGGCUCUCUUACCCUACCUUGCCUGGUGUCUCUGUCCCACCCGCCCCCCAACACAAAUGGCCGCCACGCCGUACUCUCCCUACCCAGGGUCAAGUGGAGCGUGCUGUCCCAGGGACACGAGACUGAGAUCCUGGUGGCCCGAGGGGACAGGGUGAAGGUCAGCGAGGACUACAAGGACCGAGCCUCCCUGCUCCAUUACGUCUCCUCCCCAGCCGACCUCACCCUGAGGCUGGAGGGCCUGCAGUACAACGACUCUGGCUUCUACCGCUGUGAGGUGCAGCAGGGCCUGGAGGAUGCCGACGAUGUGGCUCAGGUCAAGGUCAAAGGGGUGGUGUUCCACUACCGGGAUGCUUCCAGUCGCUAUGCCUUUACCUUUACGCAGGCCCGGGACGCCUGUGAAGAGAUCGGGGCUCACAUCGCCACCCCAGAGCAGCUCUUGGCAGCCUACCACAGUGGCUAUGAGCAGUGUGAUGCGGGCUGGCUCUCAGACCACUCAGUGAGAUAUCCCAUCCAGAUGCCACGAGAGGGAUGUUUUGGAGACAUGGACGGGCAUCCUGGAGUGAGGAACUAUGGGCUGCUGGAACAUGAUGAGCUGUACGAUGUAUACUGUUAUGUGGAGAAUAUAGUGGGGGAAGUGUUCCAUGGCUCUUCCCCCCAAAGUUUCACCCUGUGGGAAGCUAAGGCCUAUUGUCUGGCUCAGGGAGCGGAGCUGGCCACCACAGGUCAGCUGUAUGCAGCCUGGAAUGACGGACUGAACGCCUGCAGCCCGGGGUGGUUGGCUGAUGGGAGUGUACGCUACCCCAUUGUCACUCCCAGGGAGCGUUGUGGUGGAGGGGAGCCUGGGGUCAGGACUGUCUAUCGCCAUUUGAACCAGACAGGCUUUCCAGAGGCACACACUCGCCACGACACUUACUGCUUCCGAGGCAACAGCAACACACACACCGAAUCUCCCCAUGAUUACCUGGCUACAGAGCCAGAGGACAUCGGCCAGGACAUUGUGACGCUGUCUGAGCCUCUGGAGGAAUUCAGCCUGGGUCAGGUGACAGAGCAGGUGGUGAGCAAAGAAGCUCAGGGCUCCCUGUCUGCCAUCCUUGUUCCAGAGGAGCAGCACGCAUCAGUGCAUAUAGAGAAGCAAGGGGCUGUCCCUGGGGAGCAGUACCCAGAGCAGAGGGCUGUCCCUGGGGAGCAGUACCCAGAGCAGAGGGCUGUCCCUGGAGAGCAGUACCCAGAGCAGAGGGCUGUCCCUGGAGAGCAGUACCCAGAGCAGAGGGCUGUCCCUGGGGAGCAGUACCCAGAGCAGAGGGCUGUCCCUGGGGAGCAGUACCCAGAGCAGAGGGCUGUCCCUGGAGAGCAGUACCCAGAGCAGAGGGCUGUCCCUGGAGAGCAGUACCCAGAGCAGGGGGCUGUCCCUGGAGAGCAGUACCCAGAGCAGGGGGCUGUCCCUGGAGAGCAGUACCCAGAGCAGAGGGCUGUCCCUGGGGAGCAGUACCCCGAGCAGAGGGCUGUCCCUGGAGAGCAGUACCCAGAGCAGGGGGCUGUCCCUGGGGAGCAGUACCCAGAGCAGGUGGCUGUCCCUAGGGAGCAGUACCCAGAGCAGGUGGCUGUCCCUGGGGAGCACGGAGAAGAACAGGGGUUUGUUCCUGGAGAACACGGAGCGGAGCAGGGGGCUGUUACUGAGGAGGCAUACACCAAGGAGGAUGGAGAGGAGCAAGGGGCUGUGCCUGGGCAGCACGGAGAGGAACAGGGGGUUGUUCCUGGGGAGCAGUACCCAGACCAGCCUGGAGAGGAGCAGGGGGCCGUCGAUGGCCAGGGCCCUACUGUUGUCUAUCACGCCCUACCCUUUCCAGUUGAACCCCAAGACCCAUUCACCCCCACAUCCUUCCCCCAAGACCUGGAGCCCACAGAGGACACCUGGCAGCCGGUGAAAGAGGUCAGCAACCCAGAAACAUAUCAGCCUUCCCCUGAGGGGGCAAACGUAGACUUAAACUACCCAGUCACACCCUAUGAUGAGCUGAAUGCAAACCCAACACUGUAUCCACCUUCUCGCGAGACAAAUUAUGACUCAGGUGAUCUUACAACUGCUCAUGAAGACAACAUUAGUAGCCCCGAUCCCUACCAGCCCUUGUCAGAGUCAAACGUGGAAUCAGGAGAGCUCUCAAUAGAGGGUGUUCCAGGGACGGCUCUGGAGGCCCCCGUGCCCACCACAGGGUAUGAGGAGGUGGACAGGUCCAGUGAUCCACAGCCCUUGCCUGGCACAACCCCUGAGAGUGGUGAGUCUCAGUAUGGUAUUUCAGAGGAAAUCCAUCUGCAAACAGGGAUCACCCAGGAGACCGAACACUACACUUUUACCUCUGAGACCGCAGACUACAAUGUAUCAGGAGUUGAAGCCACUACUAGUCAUGACAGCUCUCCAGAGGAGCAACUGGAAAGUGGGCUGCCCACACCUCCUGAGGAGGACCACUCCGGAGAUGAGCACGUCAUCCAGGAGCAUGUCACAGACACAGACUCGGUCUACCCAAGCACCUCUUACGACCUCUCAGGAGGGUCCAUCAGGCCUGAGGGAGCCAUCGCUGGGGGUGUUGAGGAGACAUCUGUAUCUUCCACUUCACCUCACGAGGAAACGGAGCUCUUCCCUGACCAGUCCACCACUCAGCCUCCAUACUGGGAGAGCACACCUGAAUACCGGCGUACCAACUCUGUGGACCACAGUGCCAGUGUCCUUCUCCCUGAGGAGCAUACCACAUCACUGGACUCAUUGGUCCUUCAGACAGGGGAGAACAGUGGCUCUGCUACGGCUGAGUCAGGAGACCUGGCUACCCUAAGCCCAGUGGAGAUGGACCCCUAUGAACUGAUCCCUACCUCUGAAUAUGCUUUUGACCCCACUCAGGAGCAGUCUGGUGUCAUGUCACCCGACUCCUCUACCCUAGAUGAGCAUGUGGAGCAGGAGGCAGGAGGCACAGUGGACUCAUUACAAGAGGUUUCCAUGGGCUCCACUGACCUGGGUUCAGUUCCAACUGACAAAGUCCUCACAGUUACUUAUGACACUGGCUCUAGUGAAGCCUCUGGGGUCCACGAGGGAAUGCUUGACGUUACCCUCUUGACAUCCCCCAAACCUAUUACCUAUUCCCCCCCGACCCAGCGUUCCGUGGAGGGCAGCUCCCCAGGUGACUUCAUAACCUUCAUCCCAGAAACCAGCGUUCCAUCUGGGUUUGAUCCUCUGGAGGAAGGGCUGGAGAAGGUGGAGCAAGAGGGGUUGGGUGAAAUCCCAGAAGUAGUUGAAACUACUACCCCAGAGACAGCUUCUGGUGAGGAGGGGAGUGGAGAUGAGCAGAAUGGUCAGGAGGUGAGUGGAGAAGAGGAGAGUGGUCAGGAGGUGAGUGGAGACGAGGAGAGUGGUCAGGAGGCGAGUGGAGACAAGGAGAGUGGUCAGGAGGCGAGUGGAGACGAGGAGAGUGGUCAGGAGGCGAGUGGAGACGAGGAGAGUGGUCAGGAGGCGAGUGGAGACAAGGAGAGUGGUCAGGAGGCGGUUGGAGACAAGGAGAGUGGUCAGGAGGUGAGUGGAGACAAGGAGAGUGGUCAGGAGACGAGUGGAGAUGAGGAGAGUGGUCAGGAGGCGAGUGGAGACAAGGAGAGUGGUCAGGAGGCGAGUGGAGACAAGGAGAGUGGUCAGGAGGCGAGUGGAGACAAGGAGAGUGGUCAGGAGGCGAGUGGAGACGAGGAGAGUGGUCAGGAGGCGAGUGGAGACAAGGAGAGUGGUCAGGAUGCGAGUGGAGACAAGGAGAGUGGUCAGGAGGUGAGUGGAGACAAGGAGAGUGGUCAGGAGGUGAGUGGAGAUGAGGAGAGUGGUCAGGAGGUGAGUGGAGAUGAGGAGAGUGGUCAGGAGGUGAGUGGAGACGAGGAGAGUGGUCAGGAGGUGAGUGGAGACGAGGAGAGUGGUCAGGAGAUGAGUGGUCAGGAGGCGAGUGGAGACGAGGAGAGUGCUCAGGAGGCAAGUGGAGACAAGGAGAGUGGUCAGGAGGCGAGUGGAGAUGAGGACAGUGACCAGGAGCUGAGUGGAAAUGAGGACAGUGACCAGGAGGUGAGUGGCCAAGAGGGAGUAGAGUCCGGCUCAGGCGAGGAGCACUCUGCAUCUGCUGAUUCUGCUGAUUCUGGAGAAAGCUCACUGAUCCUUGAACCAGAAGUCCCAUACAUCAAUGAAACUGUCACUCCCAUCAAUGGCACAACUGUCAAUAGCACAGAUGAAAGCGAGCCUGAGUCGAGCACAGAUGCGCCUUCUACUGACAUGGAGAUCACGCUGCUCCCUGAUUUGUACCAGACCCCCGUGCCCUCCCCCACCGUACCCCAGGAGUCCCGGGCCGAUGCAGAUCUGGAGUACAGUGGGGAGACCUCAGUCACGGAGGACCCUGACUCCAUCACUCCACCCACUGAGGAGCCUGAAGAGACCCCCAGCCCGACGCCCACCACAGAGGACUACGAUGACCAGACUACGACGGCAGCACCCCUAUAUCCAGAGGACGUUGAUGAGGAGAAACUGAUUACCACUUCUACUACUCCAAGAUUUGGGAACAUUUCAGAUGCCUGCCUAGAUAAUCCUUGUUCCAACGGGGGAACAUGUGUGGACAUUGGGUCUUCAACCAGGUGCCUUUGCUUGCCCACCUAUGGAGGAGACAUGUGCCAGACAGACCUGGAGGUGUGUGAGCCGGGUUGGGAAAAGUUCAUGGGCUUCUGUUACCAACAUUUCACCAAGCGUCAGGGCUGGGAGGUGGCAGAGCAGCACUGUCGUUUGUGUGGCGGUCACCUGAUCUCGGUCAUGACCCCUGAGGAACAGGACUACAUUAAUGAUAAGUACAGAGAGUACCAGUGGACGGGACUGAAUGACAGGACCAUAGAGGGAGACUUCCGCUGGUCUGACGGGAAUCCUCUGUUGUACGAGAACUGGUACCGGGGCCAGCCGGACAGUUACUUCCUGUCUGGAGAGGACUGUGUGGUGAUGGUAUGGCAUGACGGGGGGCGCUGGAGCGAUGUGCCCUGUAACUACCACCUCUCCUACACCUGCAAGAAGGGCACCUCUUUCUGUGGCCAACCCCCCAUCAUUGCCAAUGCCAAGGUGUUUGGUAAGUCGCAUCUGCGCUACGAGACCAACUCCAAGGUGCGUUACUACUGUGAAGAAGGAUUCCUCCAGACACAGAACCCCGUCAUUAAGUGCCUAUCCAACGGCCAAUGGGAGGAGGCUUUGAUCACCUGUCACCCUGCCCUGACCAACUUGGCAGAGCGAGAGCAGAAGGUCACAACGCCACCCUAUCAGAACGAGGGGGUGGAGGUGGUGGACACAGCCACGGAGAAAGCCACUUCAGGGUUCUGGGACAUCAAGUGGAACUAAUAAGCUCAUCAAACUCAAUAUGCCCCUUCCCUCUGCCCCCUUCCCUGGAAUCCUAUGUUCCACUCAAAGACUGUCCAACCUUGUCCCUCCAACAAGGUGGAGCCUUGUAAAAUAAAUGUUCUCCCUGAGAACGAGUCAUCACAUUCCUGUCACCAGCGCUUUCCAGGAUAAACCCAUUUAGAACAUCAACAGACUUGAUGUUACUCGGACCUAGUGCCGAUCGAUCACACUUACAAUAAGAGUACAUCCCAACAUAAGGCCACGAUUAGAGGGAAUGGAUCGAAUUUGCACAGUACAGUUUGUCGUUGGAAUGAGCUUUAACGAAGAUGUCCCAUCCAUCAUUUGGGCUUGUUUGUUGUAUAAGGAUAUGUGAUUGUUGACUAGUGAAAUUCUUUGAUAUCCACCUGUGCUACGACACUGUUGGAUUACUGUAUUUGACUGAGUAACAUAUAUUAUGACAUGUUUAUGAGGGUGUACAGUAAGAUUUUGAUAGAGAGUUUCAGAAAAGUGCAACCUAAAUCUCAACCUCAGCUGGUCUGACAUUAACCGAAGCCACUUUUCCACCCUCUGCCACAAAGUCAGAAUUAAGAUGUCCACUUCCGUAUGCUAUUGUAUAAGAAAAUCUCCUUGUCAAUCCAUAUCUUCUCAAUUCCUACAACACAAAGCAUUUUCUCAACAUGUCCUCUUAUCUGGUGCUUUGUUUUAUCAGGUGUCUUACGAACUUUGGACCCAAUAUUAGAAGCCAAUUUCCACUUUUAAAGUACUUGGUUUGAAAAUAGCCAGAAUCCAAAGUUAGUUUUUUUAUACUCUCGUAAAAACGUAAUCACUAAGAUACUAGGAAGAACAUGUGAAAAUGUCCACAAUGGUAUUUCCGUUUUCAUGCACCAAUGAUGUCAUUGUCUUAGUUCCAGUGGAAGUAAUACUGUACGUUGGUAGUGUUUAACAGUAAUCAAAUAAUGCUAAUUGUAAAUCCCAUUUGUGACUGCACAAUUGCAUAUUGAACUUGUUAUGAAAGAAAAAAUGUAAUUGUACAACUAAUUAAAAAGGAGAUGGAUUAAAUAAGAAAAAUAUAGUUUUUGGAGAGUAGAAAAUAAAUAUCUAAUAAAAUGAAUUGAUUACAAUGUAUUUAUCCAUGUGAAUAUGGUUGCAUUUGAAUGAUAUUUUCAUGCCACAUAUCAAAUACACUGUC